UUUGGCUCCCAGAAAAUUACCUGCCUCUUCUAUCCCAACACGAACUUUUCACAUUUACUUUGGGGGCUUAGAUCAUGAUACACAUGGAAACUUAUUUCCUUGGUACCACCGGCAUUGAUAGUCAUAUGAAAGUGCGGCGGAAAAAUGUUACUCAUUGCCUCUAGACAACAGGUUCCUGUGCGUUCUUCUUCAACAGCCUAUUUCUAUUUCAGAAAUAAAGUGAGAGUAAAGUCAGUUCUAAUGGUAUAAACACUGAAGAAGUUGUCACCAUAGCUCCUAAAUACAUAAAUAACAACGACAGAUCUUAAAUUUUGCCAUAUCACACCAUGGCAUGGUACUGUGAAUUAUCAUCAGGAGGCCGACCUUGUGCAUCGAAAUUCAAUUUGCUGAUGAUAAAAUGUUUGUGUGACCAUCACUUAAUCAGCGCGCACACUUGGAAUACGUUACACACCCCAGAACUCUCGAAGGCAGCAAUGUAUCAUGGCAUUAUUUCUCGCGUGCUGGUGAGACCCUGCCCUUCACUUUACAGACGAAUUGAACUGAAAUAUGGGCUUCGAACCCAACGUCUGAUUUGCACACGCCGGUCUUCCGCCACACAUUCCUCACCCAUUACGAAUUCGAGUGAAAGAACGAGAAUAUAUAAAAGUGAUGGGACAGUGCAGAGUGAAGAGCAGGGUUCGUGGCCGGAGGAGUGUGACGUGCUUGUGCUUGGCGGCGGGGCUGUCGGUUCCUCCGUGGCCUAUCACCUUCGGCAGCGAGCUCAGAGGGGCCUUCGGGUAGUGGUAGUGGAGCAGGACCCAGCUUAUACAAAGGCCUCGACAGUGCUAUCUCUAGGUGGCAUCAGACAACAGUACACAGUGAAAGAGAAUAUCCAGCUGUCUCUAUACGGAGCGGAAUUCCUACGUAACGCCGCCUCCAUGCUGGCUGUGGAGGGCGAAGACCCCCCAGACGUGCAAUUCAGACCGCAAGGUUAUCUCCUGUUGGCGUCCGAGGACAAGGUCGAACUACUGAGAGAGAACUUUAUGCUUCAGGUGGAAACUGGGGCAAAAGUGCAGUUUUUCACCGCGACGCAGCUGAAGGCAAAAUACCCGUGGCUCAACAUAACAGGAGUUGGCGCGGGUGUGGAAGGCUUUGAAAAUGAAGGAAGGUUCGACCCAUGGGCUUUGCUAUUGGGGUUACGCCGCAAAGCCACGAGUUUGGGUGCCGAGUACUUGAGAGGCAAGAUAUGUGGACUGAGCAAACGAGACCAAGUGGACGGGGCGCCUGCAGCUCUUACAUCUGCCGAGAUACUUCUUCCGUGCGGCACAAGACGGAGCAUUGCCUUCAAGCGUGUGGUCUUGGCAUGUGGAGCUUGGUCGGGCGCGGUGGCGGCGCUGGCGGGGAUGGGGGCUGGUGAGGGCGUCCUGGCCAUGCCCUUGCACAUUUACCCCAGGAAACGGUACGUGUAUAUCGUGCACGUUCCGGGGCUGCCAGGAGCCAACACGCCAAUAUUCAUCGAUGUGAGUGGCACAUAUUUCAAGCGGGAAGGCCUCAAUACUCACCUCUACACCGUCGGAAAGUCCCCCACCGAGGAACAGGAGCCUUCCAUUGAUAACCUCGAAAUCGACUACGAUUUCUUCGAGAACGAAGUUUGGCCUGUGCUCGCUAACAGAGUACCUGUCUUCGAGAACCUAAAGUUACAGGGAGCCUGGGCAGGUUACUACGACUACCAUACCCUGGAUCAGAAUCCGAUCAUUGGCCCACAUCCAGUCUACGCCAAUAUGUUCAUCGUGACUGGCUUCAGUGGCCAUGGUGCACAGCAUGCAGCCGGAGCAGGACUGGCUACAGCGGAGUACAUUUUGGAGGGGAAAUUCUGUACCAUUGACCUAAACCGUUUUUGUUUUGAUAGAGUUCUCGCGGGUGAGGCCGUCAGAGAGAAAAAUGUUAUAUAAGAGUGAAGCCAUGUCCUCACCAUGUGAAUUCUGGCAUUAAUGAUCUUUUAAAGGAAGAUUAACUUAAGGGCCAAUGUCUUUACAUACUAAGUCCAUAAGGUUCAUACUACUAAUAUGGACUUUGCCAAGUUUGCUUCUUUUGGUUAAGGAAAAUUGCCCUUAGAUUACAUGCAUUUCGAUACUAAUAACAGUGUAAACUUUAGCGAUAACAACAGUGUUCUGUCUCUGCUAUUAAUUCUAAAUUCAGCUAGCUAUUACACUUCUGAUUAACAUCAUUACAAUUAGGAGAAUCAUUCUUUUUAUGGAAUACAUAUUGGCAAAUACUAAAUAUAGUUUAAAACCUAGGUAUUCUUACUUGUCAUCAUAACCAGCGGAUCAGUGGCCAUUUAUUACUCAUUGACAGGGCAGGAAAUAAUGCAAUAAAUCUUUGAAUUUUA